UUAGGCAGUGGCAGGCUCUGCAGAGGGAGCGGUGAAGGUUUUUGGGGUGCCCGGCGGCAGCGAUGAGCGGGGUGAAGGUGACAGCCCUGGGGCGUCUCUCCAGGCAGCUGAAAACCCUUGGGGCUGUGCCCGCACGGCCCUGCAGCCUGGCUGCCUGCUCCAGGAAAAACACCAGGAACGCUGCCCUCCAUCCGCUGUGGCAGAGCCCGCUGACAAUUCCUGGAGGCACCCGCCAGUCUCCCAUCAACAUUCAGUGGAGGGACAGUGUUUAUGACCCCUUCCUGAAGCCUCUGAAAAUCAGCUAUGACCCCACCACCUGUCUUCACAUCUGGAACAAUGGCUACUCCUUCCUGGUGGAGUUUGAUGAUUCUGCUGAUAGAUCAAUCAUCACUGGAGGUCCCUUGAAAAACCAGUACAGGCUAAAGCAAUUCCAUUUCCACUGGGGAGCUAUCAACGACUGGGGCUCAGAGCACACAGUUGACAGUAAAUUUUACCCAGGAGAGCUGCAUUUGGUACACUGGAAUGCUGUGGAUUACCCAAGUUUUGAGGAUGCUGUGAUGGAAGGGAAUGGCCUGGCUGUUAUUGGAGUGUUCUUGAAGCUGGGAGCACGACAUGAAGGGCUGCAGACCCUGGUGGAUGCCCUGCCUGCAGUCAGACACAAGGACACUGUGAUUGAGUUUGAUGACUUUGAUCCAUCCUGUCUGAUCCCUUCCUGCCCUGAUUACUGGACCUACGCUGGCUCCUUGACCACUCCCCCCCUCACUGAAUCAGUAACGUGGAUCAUUAAGAAAAAACCAAUCGAGGUGGAUGAGGAUCAGCUGGAGACCUUUCGGACGCUGCUGUUCACGUCGGACGGGGAGGAGGAGAGGAGGAUGGUGGACAACUUCCGCCCGCUGCAGCCGCUGAUGGACCGCACGGUGCGCUCGUCCUUCCAGCCCCAGCUCAGCCCUUAGCACCCCGGAACUGCUGCUCAGCAACCCUCACCGUGCCCUCGCUUCCAUCCCCUUCACUGCCUCUGCUUCCCCAGGCGACCUCUGGGUUCUUCAGUUCUGAUUUUCUGAAGGCGUGAAUAAUAUUGACACUUAGAUUAACCCUUAGCAAACGGAGUUGUUCCAAGGCAGGGCUCAGUAAGGAAUUAUUAAAGCAGUUAAAAAUAAGGAUGGGAGCUCAUCCCCUGCUCCUUCUCUGAAUUGUUCUGAUGAACGCAGCGUGCUCAUCCUUCUGCCCCCAGCUCAGCCCUUAGCACCCUAGAACUGCU